AUGUGGAAUAUCGUCGAUGUCCCUCCUGGCAAGAAACCUAUUAGCUGCAAGUGGUUAUUACAGUUGGAUGUGAAGAAUGUGUUUUUUCAUGGAGAUUUGACUGAAGAAGUCUACAUGACUUUUCCACGUGGUUCCGAUUUUUUAGGGAAGCAUGACUUUUUUGCAUCUUCUUAUGACUCUGCUCUCUUUAUUCGUCGUUCUCCUACGAGGAUCAUCAUUCUCUUAUUGUAUGUGAAUGACAUGGUUAUUACCGGCGACGACACUUAUGGUCUGACUGAUAGUCAGAUUGCACCCAUCCCUCUCGAGGUAAACUACCGACUUGAUCCUUUUGACGGCACUCCACUAGAGAAUCCCUCCCGCUAUCGGCAGCUGGUGGGAUCCCUGAUCUACUUGACGGGAAUACUUCUACAUGGUCUUCACUUUUCUGCUGACUCUUCAUUGGUUCUUGUUAGUUUCUCUGAUGCUGAUUGA